AUGCGUCCCCGACUCGUCGGUCGCCGUGUCCGAGUUCUCACACCUCGAGUACCAUCUCUUCGAACCCGAUCUCCAUGCCUUCUACGAACCUUUACACACCACACACAACUCACCACAAAAUCAAGACCGAACCUCCCAUUUCUUUCCAUCCCAGUGACCUCAAAUAGCGUCCGAUACUUCACCACUGAACGACGAAAAUGGCUGAAACACGAGGCUAAGUUGGCGGUUCGAUACACAGCUUCGUUCUGGGGUUUAUUAGCAUGUGUGGGCGUCAUUUUGUUCUUUGUCAAUGAGGAGAAGUUGGAACAGGAAUACCCCACGCCGCACGAAUGGGGAUGGAUGACGAGAAAAUUCCUAAGAGACUCGAAUAACAGCAAGGCUCCGAACAACGGCGAAAUUAAUUGGCCUUGGUCAUUCGAAUUGGCACGAGGAUUGGUGUUGCGAUUGGAAGACGCCAAGGUCGACGGCCAGGGUGUUACGAAACUUACGGAUAGAGUCGAUCCCGCAGCAGAGAUUCCUGGGGAGUUCAACCCUUGCGAUAUCUCUGGUAAGAGUGAGGAAUGGAGACGAGGAUAUUUCGAGGCCAUCAUGCUUGCUGCCAAGGGCGCUGAACAUGUCGACAACUGGGUGCGCGACCUCGCUCGCAACAUCAUCUCACCCCCCGAAUUUGUUAUUGGACCGUCAAACCCAAGACCCGCGCCAAUUCCCCCAGGACAACCCCACGCCCCUCGUGAGGAGGACUGCGAAGUUGCCUAUCCCAGCGCCGAUAACUUUUACAUGAAGAUAUUGGCUACCAAGGGCUUGACUUCGCGACAAAAGCUUGAAGCGACACUUGAGUAUGCCAGCUACAUGGAGUUCAAGAACCAGCCGGAAGGCGCUGAGGCGCUGUACAACUUAGCGCUCGCUGAAGCUACACAAGGAGUCGACAUGGCACACCCUCCUUACAACCCCAAGACCUUUAUUCUUAACGACAAGGCUGGGCCGCCCUCCCAAAAUGUCCUUGACGCUGUCACUGCUAUGGCGACCUUCAAGGCGCGCAGUGGACAAGUUGACUCCGCCCUCCCUAUCUACCUCUCCCUCCUCAAGGCCCGUCGCUCUCUUUCCAACGACCCUCCCGCUGCUGCUCACGUCAGGCCGAAGGCCCCCUCUUCUCUAGACAAUCUGAUUCGGAUUUUCUUACAAGCUGACUACCCUCCUCCUCCUCCCGACGGUACUCAGUCUCCCUGGCGCAGCCCUCACGAGCGUUGCCAGGAGGCUUCUCUCAGUCUAUGGAUUGGCGAGAUUCUCUUCGCCUCAUCUUCCAAGGACGACGGAUUAUCAUGGACACGCGAUAGCGUCGAUGUUGCGGAGGAGCAGCUGCGCAACAUGGAUCUUGCGACUGCUGAUAAGGCAGCCAAGAAGACAUGCCGUGAGUGCUUGGGCGAGGGCCUCAAGAACUGGAGCAGGAUGGUCGCCAAGCUUGCUCGAGAGGAGCAGCAACGGCAACAGAAUGCAUCUACGAAAUCUGGUGUGUUUUCUUUCUGGAGCGGUACUCCACCGAAUGCCGAGGACCGAUGGACCGCUGAAGAUGCCGUGGUAAAGGAGCGUGUGCGUAGGACACGAGAGUUGAUCGAAGAUCUGACACCAGCAGGGCCAAACCUGGCCUCGCUAUUUAAAGCGUAA